ACACACACACACCACACACAGACACACACACAGACAGACAGACACACACACACACACGCAUAGUCCUCACCCCCCGUGUCUGCCUCGGACAUCUGAACGACGAUCAUGAACGUCAAUUUACGUCCGAAUUGACAUCGCGACCUUGCGCGGUGGGUUACGCGGGCCGCCAGGGUGGCACACUACGUGAAGACGAGGGCGCUUACGCGCGACCUUACGCGGGCAGCUUGUGCGCCAAUGUCGGUGAAGACGACCUCCUUUUUCUGCGUCGCCCAAUCUUGGAUCCAUCCGGUGGCCAGGACGCUUGCCCGCCGCGUCACGCCAGGCAUCGCCGCUCGCCUGGCGAGGAGCCCAGCUGGUUGCGCCUGCGCAUCCCCGCGCGCCCUACCGACGGCUCCGACCCCGGUCGUGCCCGCCGAGGCCCGCGGCACCAUGAACAACAGCAAACUCUCUGCCGUGGAGCCUGGACCCAGGUGUCAAUCGCACUGCUCAGACAACGAGACGGACGUUGCAUCGCCGUGCUUUCUCAACUGGCCUCUGGGGCCUGCUCUCGGGCCCCGGGACAUCAGAACACGGCUCGGGAUGGACGACUGGCCCCCGGGCAGGGGUCGAGAGCUCCAGGGGCCACGCACCGAAUAACAACGCGACGUCGAGGAAGGGGGCCCCGGGGCUCUCCCAGAGCCUUGUCGGCGACUCCGACAGGUGUGGUCUGCACAGGGUGUGGUUUGCAACGCGCACCCAGGGUGGUGGUCGACAGAGUUCCCCGCCGCGCCCCGAAGAGGCCCGACGAGGGCGACGUGGUGCCCCCCGAGCCCCAAGAACGAAGAUCGCAAACCAGACACCAGCGCAACCGUACCCUUUCUAGUCGCCGACCUUGCAGCCCCUCCUGGAUCCCGCUCAAGACCCGUCUGGCUCACGGCGACCUGCUCCGCGACCGUCACCGUCGGCGCGCCCGCUUGGCACCGCCCCGCGGGGCCUCACAACCACAGCACACGGGAACCAGAGGCCCGCAGAGCCCCGCCGAGCCCCGGCAGCGCGGACAAGAGCCGCGCGUGGACAGCACGGGGCGGGUUCACGACCUCUCAGGAGAGACAAAAACAAGUGGCACGUGUGCCAUAGCUCUUGCACAAAAAGGCCGAUGGGAAAACAAUGCUUCUUGGAACCUCUUCGGGCUUCUGGGGAGGUUCUUAUUGCGUUUUUAAUGUUUAUGUUGGGCCUCCUUGCCUAUGCGA